CCCCCCCCCCACCACCUUCCUUCUCCCCAGCUCCCUCUCUCUCUCUUCCCCUCUCCCCGCACACCCCUCACACCGUCCCGCCACGUCCACCCAGGACCGCCUCUGCGCUCGCCGCUACCUUCGCCGUUCCUCCAGCAUCUCCUCCUCAUCACCACCAUCACCACCACCAUCAUAUUUCCGCAGGUCGCGAUGUCCCCCUCCUGCAGGUCGCCCCGCGGAGCUGCAGCUCUGUCUCCCGUCACGCUGACGCCGCCGCUGCCACUGCUGGUGGUGGUGAUGAUGGUGGUGGUGCUGCCCUUGGCGACGGUGGCUGCCUCCGCAGGCUCCGACGCUUCGCCGAGGGCGGCUGCCCGCGGCGUGAGCCUCCCGUUCGUCUUCGACCCUCGGGCGCGCUGCGAGCCGCCGUGCCUCCACCACGGCCUCUGCAUCCGCAACGACACGUGCUUCUGUGGCAAGGGCUUCGAGGGCGAGCGCUGCCAGUUCGCGCAGUGCUACCCCAAGUGCAAGAACAACGGCCAGUGCCUCAGGCCAGGGAAGUGCCGCUGCCUGCCCGGCUAUGGAGGUCGCUACUGCCACAAGGCCGUCUGCGAGGGCGGCUGCCUGAACGGCGGCGAGUGCGUGCCGGUGCACGCCAGCGUCAAGUGCUCCUGCAAGUCGGGCUGGGUCGGCACUCGCUGUCAGGAUGCCGUGUGCCCCCAGGGCUGCCGCAACGGUGGCAGCUGCGUGACCCCGGGCAUCUGCAGCUGCCCCCAUGGCUGGGAGGGAGGCGCGUGCCACAUGGCUGUUUGCGGCAAACCGUGCCGCAACGGAGGCAAGUGCGUGGCUCCGGGAAAGUGCCGCUGCCGCUCACCCCACGCCGGCCCUCAGUGCGCCGAUCGGCUCAAGGUGUGAGAAGCCUGGAGGGCCCUCCCCCCCCCCCCCCACCUCCCUCCCACCGUGGGCCCACGUCCUCUGCAAGUUCUAGGGUGCUUCAGUGAUCACAAUGACGAUGACAAUGAGUGGUUGCGCAUUAAAACAACGACGACAGUGCUCUUAGCUGACCGGACUUGCAAGCGGCUUGCCCAGCGAGCCCCCCUCCACCCCGCUCUCUCAACACCACUCUGCCACCAGCGUCCGUCUCACGCAGCCACCACAACACACACCGUUCACGGCUCUAAGUGCUGGUCUCAUAGCCCGACUCUGGGCUCACCGUUGGGGCAACAGUAUUUGACGAUGAAAAGCCAUUAGCAGGCUUUUUUUUAAGGGCCCCCCCCUGUUUUAAUGGGAAAUAAAUGCACCGCACCGGAGCUGUCUGAUGUUCCACGAACGGUCUGCGCUUCACGUUUAUGGCAAGGGCAUCAAGGUCCCACGCGCAUGCGUACUGGCUAUGCAUCGACUUCCACAGACGCACGGCAGUGUUACGUGGUGGUACAUCUUCAAGUGUGCAACUUAAAAAUGUAAGCAGCUGUGGAGGUGUUUGUGUGUGCAAACGUGUGCACAGAAUCAAUGCAAUCACGACAUGCCUACCUUCACCUACUUCACGAGUACUUUAUUAAAUUACAGAUACCAGUGAAGAAAACCAUACCUGUGUCCCUUUAUUUUAUAUUUUACAGAAUAUACAGGUUUUUUUUCAAACUUUCUUGUGUUUGUGUUUAAGUUUGGUAAAAACAUAGCAUUGCCACGGUUACAUUAAAUGUCGUCUCCAUUUAAGCAGUUGUAAGAUAUUCCAGACAAUAUCUCUUGAAGAUAUGUACAAUUCCCUUUGUACAACACAAAGUAGUUGUUAAGAAAGCUUAACAAUAACUUAUAUUGUUCUGGUAUUCAGUGGCAGCAGGCGUUCUAAAGAGAAACAAAACAUUGAUUCGUAUGCCGCAGUCGGUGACGUACCGGCUAAGAUGUCUUGCAUGUAAAAAUGUUCCCUGUGAAAAUAAAUACGUGAAAAAUU